UUUCCGAUCUCUCCUAGAGAAAUUAGAAAGAUUUCAAAUUGUUCUCUUGAAAAUGAAAUGAGGGUUUUUGGUUUGGUAGUGGAGAAGUAUUACAAGAACGUGCUGUCGGUUUUAGUUUGGGUAUUUUCAUGAUUUACCUUUUCCUUUUUCCCUUUUUUUUCAAUUCAAAAUUUUCAAUUCCAUUUGAGUUGCAUUUACCUCCAACCCCAUCUCUCUAGAUUAGCUGUAAAAUGAAUGUUAAUGCAAUGUAAAGCUCCUUUUGUACUACACUUUUGCUCAACAGUCUUUAUAUUUAUCCAUCUCUCUCUCCUCUGCAAUUCCUUAUAUUUUAUGGUUCCUCUGCAAAUAAUUCUUCUCCACACCAAUGUCUCCAAUGCUUUGGAGACGUCUAGCUUCCUUCACAACUCCCACGCGUCAUAAAAAAUGAAUCUUUGGUAGCAUUCUCUCUCUCUCCCUCCAUUUUCAACUCAAAGUUCAAACCUUUCUACUGCAUUUCCCCCAAUUCUUGAUUAUUCGAGCAAAAGGGCCACCGAAAGAUUCAAUCUUGGAGCAAAAAAAUGGCCCCAUCUCUGUGGUGGGCGAAGGAGUCACACAGAGGCACGCCGGUGGUGGUGAAAAUGGAGAAGCCGAACAACUGGUCGAUGGUGGAGCUGGAGUCCCCCUCCGACGAGGACUUCAUCUGCCCGAACGACGCCGUGGCGAAGGGCGGCCGCAACCGCAACGCCAAGCAGCUGACUUGGGUGCUCCUCCUCAAGGCCCACCGCGCCGCCGGCUGCCUCACCUCCAUCGCCGCCGCAUUCGUCUCCCUCACCUCCGCCGUCCGCCGCCGCGUCGCCUCGGGGCGCACCGACGGCUUGGAUUCCUCCUCCAAGUCGAGAUUCUUCGCCUGCAUCAAGGCGUUCCUGUGGCUGUCUCUGCUUCUGCUCUGUUUCGAAAUGGCAGCUUAUUUCAAAGGGUGGCAGCAUUUCCGGCAGCCGGAUUUAUACAGCUUGGCCGACGCCGCGGUGGUUAAGGGCGCGUUUGAUUCGCUCUACUCCACUUGGGUUUUGAUCAGAGUGAGGUAUCUCGCUCCGCCGCUGCAGCUUUUGAUUCAUCUCUGUAUAGUCCUCUUCCUCAUCCAGAGCUUGGAUAGGCUUGUUCUCUGCUUGGGUUGCCUUUGGAUUAAGCUCAGGAACAUUAAGCCUGUUGCCAAACACUGCAUUGUGGAUCUUGAGUCUGGUGAUGGUGAUGGCUAUUUCCCCAUGGUGCUUGUUCAAAUCCCUAUGUGCAAUGAGAAAGAGGUUUAUCAGCAAUCUAUAGCUGCUGUGUGCAAUUUGGAGUGGCCAAAGGGGAGGAUGUUGGUUCAAGUAUUGGAUGAUUCGGAUGAUCCGAUAACGCAGUUGAUGAUAAAGGAGGAAGUUCAUAAAUGGCAGGAGAAUGGUGCCAACAUCAUAUACAGACAUAGAGUGAUUAGGGAGGGGUAUAAAGCAGGCAAUCUUAAGUCAGCCAUGAAUUGCAGCUAUGUCAAAGAUUACGAAUUUGUUGCCAUUUUCGACGCUGAUUUCCAGCCAAGUCCGGACUUUCUGAUGCGAACCAUCCCUCACUUUAAGGAUAAUGAGGAGGUAGGACUGGUCCAGGCAAGGUGGUCCUUUGUGAACAAGGAUGAGAAUCUGCUUACGCGGUUGCAGCUGAUUAAUCUGGCUUUUCAUUUCGAGGUGGAGCAGCAGGUUAAUGGGAUUUUCUUGAAUUUCUUUGGCUUCAAUGGGACCGCUGGUAUAUGGAGGAUAAAGGCGUUGGAGGAGUCGGGCGGGUGGUUGGAGAGGACCACUGUCGAGGAUAUGGACAUCGCUGUUCGCGCCCAUCUUCACGGAUGGAAGUUUGUUUUCCUCAAUGAUGUUGAGUGCCAAUGUGAACUUCCCGAGUCAUAUGAGGCUUACCGGAAGCAGCAGCAUAGAUGGCAUUCCGGCCCAAUGCAGCUGUUCCGUCUCUGUUUGCCUGCCAUUAUCCGAUCAGAGAUAAGCAUUUUGAAGAAGGCCAAUAUGAUCUUCCUAUUUUUCUUGCUAAGAAAACUUAUUCUCCCAUUUUACUCAUUCACACUUUUCUGCAUCAUUCUCCCAAUGACCAUGUUUGUUCCGGAAGCCACGCUCCCGUCGUGGGUCGUUUGCUAUAUACCGGCCGUCAUGUCGUUUCUCAACAUACUCCCGGCUCCAAAAUCGUUCCCGUUCAUCGUCCCUUACCUCCUCUUCGAGAACACCAUGUCCGUGACCAAAUUCAACGCCAUGAUCUCGGGCCUCUUCCAGCUCGGGAGCGCGUACGAGUGGGUCGUCACCAAGAAAUCCGGGCGCUCGUCCGAGGGCGACCUCAUAGCCCUGGUCGAGAAGGACCAGCUCCCCACGCGCCACAGGAACAACUCGGAGCCUAAUCUGGACGAGAUGCGCGAGGAGAUCAUGCAGCAGGAGCAGCUCGCGGCUCAGAAGGAGAAAAAGAAGAAGCACAACCGGAUCUACACGAAAGAGCUGGCUCUCGCGUUCCUUCUGCUCACGGCCUCGGCAAGAAGCCUUCUGUCGGCGCAAGGUAUCCACUUUUACUUCUUGCUCUUCCAAGGGAUAUCCUUCUUGCUCGUCGGCCUAGAUUUGAUCGGUGAGCAAGUCGCGUAGGGGCGAAAAACAUGUAAAUCGGUAGAGAAAUCGUCUUUGGAUCGGUACGUGGAUACUUGAGAUAAAGAUUUAUUAUACGACAAGAACUUGAACACGAGAAAUACGCGAAUAUAUGGGAUGAAAGUCGUCUUCUCCCUGCGUCUGCGCGCCUUGUCGUGGAAGGCGCGGGAUGGGAUGAUCUCCUCCUUGAAGAGGAGGGGAGGGAAGGGGAGAGUAGAGGAAUGGCGAUGAUCAUUGUUAGUUUUCUUGUUUGGAUUCUUUUGUUUUUUUGGGGUAAUAUUCUUUUGUAAGAAGAAUUCAUCGUUCAUUCACAGUCACAGCUGAGGAUUUAGGAAAAUAGUGAUGAUAUAUAUGCAUAUUCACAUUGAUAUUAUAUAUUGUGAUUCACUUGUUGAGUUGGAUGGAGAUUUCUCUCCUCUUUAUCCUA